GCAAGUUUUAUCUGUUCGUUUUGGUUCUGCAGUUUCUGUGUUUUAAUCAAAAGAUCCAACUUUUGUUGUCUAUAUCCUUUAAAUUGAAUCCGUGGGCGUUUAUAAUUGAUGGAUUUGAUAGAAAACUUGGUUAGAUGAAUCGAAAUCUUAAGUAUGAUCUGAUAUUGAAGACAACUUCCUGUAAUGCAGUUGCAGACAUUAAACACUUAUUAAUGUUGUAAAUUUUAGAUUGGUUAGUGUCUGAAUAUUGAUGAUACCUGGUAAAAAAAGCUAAUGCAAUUGGCAUAAGAUCAUCCUUAUUCCAAGCUUCAAUUUUUACUUUAAAACUGUGUAUUGAAGUUUUUUUUUCCCUUUUGUUUGUUUUUUUGUUAGCUGCUGGAGCCUUUGUUAUUGUUGAGAUGUUGUAUAGCUCAGAUCUACUUGCAAUUGUUGGAGCUGGUGAACAGGCUUCUCUAUCCCCACGGCGUCUUUGUUUGUUCAAGACCACAACGGGUUUACCUCUUAGGGAAUUGAAUUUUUUAACUUCUAUACUCGCUGUUCGUAUGAACAAGAAAAGACUUGUUGUUGUGCUGCUAGAGAAAACAUUCGUUUACGACUUGAAUACUCUUGUCAUGCUUGAUACUAUCGACACCGUGCCAAAUCCAAAAGGUCUAUCUGCAUUCUCUCCAUCUCUUGAAGGCUGCUACUUAGCUGUUCCAGCUAGUACGACGAAAGGAUCUGUUUUGGUGUAUAACGUCAUGGAUUUGCAGUCUCAUAGUGAGAUUGAUGCACAUCGUUCUCCAUUGGCUGCGAUUGCACUGUCUUCAAAUGGAAUGUACAUUGCUACAGGAUCUGAGCAAGGAACCUUGAUCCGAGUCCAUCUUGUUUCAGAAGCAACUAAGUCAUAUAGUUUCAGGAGAGGAACAUACCCAUCUACUAUAUAUUCACUGUCUUUUGGACCAUCGACACAGCUUCCAGAUAUAUUAAUUGCAACUAGUUCUUCAGGCUCCAUUCAUGCCUUCUCUUUAAGUUUGGCCAUAAACCAAAGAAGCAAAAGGUCUACUAGCUUUCUUGGAUCGGUUCUUCCCGACAGUGUGAGUGAUGCACUAGAUCCAGCUCAUCAUCAUGUGCUUCAAAACGCAGUUUCUUCCGGGAUUAGAAGUUAUGCCGUGGUUAGGAAGAUAGACAAACUUGAAGGAACAUCAUCUCCAUCUCAUUUUACAUCUCUUAGAGCAACGGUAUCGGUGAUCACUUAUAACGGAUAUUUCCAGGAGUAUACGCUAAGUAUCAAUAACAAGAAUGAGUCUCUAUGGACACUGGAACGUGAAUUCAAUCUCUUCUCCAUAACCACCGGGUGAUGUAUACAACCAAAUAUCAAAUAUAUGAAAGUACUGGGCAACUUUUUUGUAUGUAACAAUUUUUGUACCUUGGGUUCAUUAAGAAUAUGUUUAUAGUCUCAUGUUCUUUGGUUAUUCGCAAAUAUAAUUAGCUCUUCCGUGCUAUUACUGUAUCUUAAUCUUGAUUUGUGUUGAAGAAAUGAAAUACAAAAUGGUUUCC